AUGCGAUCGCUAUUCGUGCUUGGAAUCGUUGUGCACUUGAUCCUCCUCUACAGCAUCUUCGACAUCUACUAUUCGUCACCGAUUAUCUUUGGCCUCCGCGAGCAUUCGAUCAGUCGAAAUGAGGGCCCGGCGAAGAGGGUCAUCGUUUUUUCAGCAGACGGCCUACGCUAUGACACUUUUGUGAAGAACCCCGACCUGACCCCGUUUCUCCAUGGGAUUUUUCAGCAGAAAAAGGGUGUUUCCGGGCUCUCCCUCUCGCAUAUGCCCACCGAAUCGCGGCCGGGUCACGUUGCGAUUUUUGCAGGAUUCACUGAGGAUGUGAGCGCGGUGGCGGCCGGCUGGAAGAAAAACCCAGUGCCGUUCGACUCGAUCUUUAAUCGAUCGCAAAACUCGUGGCUAAUCGGCAGUCCGGACAUUGUCGAGCUCUUUCCAUCAGCGAACAUCACCGUCGAGAGUUAUUCAGCGGAUCAGGAGGAUUUUGGGUCAAAAGAAGCCUGGAAACUGGACGAAUGGGUAUUUCAACGGUUUGAGAAGCUUUUGACGAGCGCGAAAAUCGAUCAAGGGUUGAACGAGCGGUUACGCGCCGGCAAAAAUGCGAUUUUUCUACAUCUACUGGGCAUCGACACGAAUGGGCACGGGCAUAAACCGCAUUCAAAGGAAUACCUUGACAAUUUGCGCUUCGUCGACGAGGAAAUCAGGAAAACGAGCGAGUUGGUGGAGGAAUUUUUCGGCGACUCACGAACGACUUUCAUCAUGACUGCUGACCAUGGGAUGACCGAUUGGGGAUCACAUGGAGCGGGCAGCGAGAGUGAGGUUAACACGCCGUUUGUUGCGUGGGGCAGCGGAAUUGCGAAAACCGGGGUCAACAUCUCGCUUGCGCAGGUAGACAUCGCUCCACUAUUGGCAACGCUUCUCGGAACGGCGAUUCCGACGAAUUCAAUUGGGAUGAUUCCGUGGGAGAUUGUCAAUGCAAGCGACGAGUACCUGUAUCUAGCCGCAUUUGCGCAUUACAUGCAGCUCCGUGAACAAUUGACUCACUUGCACGAUGAGAAAGCUCGACGAUUCGUCUUCAGCGAGUACCCGGAAUUCGGCGACACGGCGCUGAACUCGUUAAACGAUCAAUUGGUGGUUUUGGGGAAAAGCAGACGCUUCUCGGCCGGGGUGACCAUGUGGCGACAAUUCGGGCCGAAAAUCCGUGACGCAAUCUAUUAUUAUCACCGCUAUGAUCGAACUUUCCUCGGCUUUUGCGUGUCGGUCUCGUUUCUCCUCUGGGUGGCGCUUGUUACGUCAUUAAUUUCAAGAUCAAAUCAAGUCGAUCUCUUUUCCCGGGAGAUUCUUCGACCGAAAAUCGCAUUCAUCUCACUGUUCUCGGCAUGUCUCUUCUACAGCCUUUACUGCCAAUUCAGCUUUUCGUGCGUGAUCUAUGUCCUGUUGCCAAUCGUUCUCUCGUCUUUCCUCUACAAUGUCGUUGAUGUUCAUGGUGGGACGCUGAAAAAGUACACGGCGAAACACGGAUUUUACACAAACUUUACGGCGAUUCUUCUGUAUCUACUUGCAGUGGCCCCAUUCGUGCUUGUUUUUGUUGAUCGUCGCUGGCUGGUGACGGUGUUCGUGUUGUUAAAUUUUGUGCCUUACACGUAUGGAUCGAUCGGGAGAUAUGAUUGGAAGAUUCUCUGGCAUUUCGUCUGUAUUCUCCUAUGUGUUUUCCCGUUUCUCGCCACCGUCGGCCAACAGCAACAUCCGUUUCUUUGUCUUUUCACCUCGGCGCUGGCCUCGUUGAUCUACAAGAUGCUCGCGAAUACAAACUUUUUCAUCUCCCGUCGCGAGUUGCUCGUUUCGAUCUCGAAGAUGAAUUUGUGCACAACGGGGAUCAUUUUCCUCACCGAAUUCGUCUUUGAGAAGACUCCAACAUUUCUCCUGCUCAUUUGUUGGACAACCCUCCCCGCCGCGUUCAUCUUGCCGAUAUUUUUGACGAAACGAAAAGUCGUUGAUCGUUUGAUUGCGUUCAUUGGUUACCUCUUCAUUCCAUAUUCACUUCUGUCGAUCGCCUACGAGUCAAUUUUCGUGCUUCUUUUCGUUGCGCUGUUGGUGAUUUUGAUUCGUUUCGAGUUUGCGAACGUCUCCGACUCGGUGUUACUGCAAUUAGAUGCGGCGAGGAGGCAGAGUCGAGGUCUCUUGGAGCCGAUCAGCAAACACGACGCAAUCCGGGCUUGGACAGUGAUGGCACUGGUGAUUGGGGCGCUGUUCGGGACGGGGAAUUUCGCGUCACUCAACUCGUUCAACCCGUCCACUUUGCAUCGUUUUAUCUCCGUUUUCAGUCCCUUCACGAUGGCUUCGCUUUUGAUUCUCAAAUUGCUCAUCCCGUUGCUGUUGCUUUCGAUGGCUUUCGCGACGAUUUUGUUCUUUGAUACGGAUCACAUCACACGGUUAUCAUACUUGACGCUCACAAUUUCGGAUUUGAUCGCGAUGUGCCUCUUCUAUCAACUGAAAGACACGGGUUCAUGGCUGGAUAUCGGUCUCUCGAUCUCGGCCUACAUUGUCUCGAUGUUUCUCUCGUUAUCCCUUCUCCUGCUAUUGUUAUCCUCAACAUUCAUUCUCACUUUCACCUCACCAUUCACUCAUGAGUUUUUUGAGAAAAUGAAACGCUUGAUGAGCGAUCAUAUUUGGAAAUUGGACAGUGCUGAGAAUGAACAAGACAAAGAUGGCGAUGAUGGAGAGAUGGAGAAGAAAAUAUUCGCCUCCGAGGUGGACAAAUACAUUGACGAACCGCCGAGAAGCUCCUUGAUUGAGAAGAGGAAACGACAAAAACACCAAAUGAUCGCUAGGAACCCAAAGUCGGAUAUCGCGUUGAGGUACCGUGAAAAAGUGGAGUCGAUAAUCGAAGAAUACGUUGCACAAAUGCAAAUAUCGGCUGAUCAGAAGAAUCGCCUUCGACAAUUGGCCGCCGAACGACUCGCGGAGUUUGGCGGGGAACUGUCGCUAUCGCAAGUGAGAGCGUUUUUGCUGAAAUUCACGCCGAACCCAGCGCCGCACUCGUCGAAUCGCCUCUUGCUUGAUGGCAUUGAAUUGGACCCUCACUACGCUCGUUUCACUCAAGAUUACACACAAAAGGACACCCUUGGGAAAGGAGCAUUCGGUGACGUAUAUAAGGUUUUCUCGAAGCUGGACCGGUGUCACUAUGCGGUAAAGAAAAUCAAAUUGACGCAACCACGUCGUGCGGGAAACGCCAAAAAACAAAGUGGAGCCGCGAGGAGGAUUCUGAUGGAAGUGUUGACGAUGGCUCGUUUGGAUCAUCCGCACAUUGUGCGCUAUCAUCACGCAUGGCUCGAAGAGACACCCGAUUUCUCGACUUUCCGACCGAGACGUUCCUCCGAUGACUCAACUGGGAAUAAAGUGGUCGAGCUUUCUAGCUCUCCUGAAGAACGGAAUCAACUGAUGCCAGUGCUGAAUACAGAAGCCACUAACUCUUACAAUCCAUCGUUUGCCGGCUCAUCCGUCAAUCCGCCGUUGAAAUCGAGUCGUUUCUUUUUGCCGAGCGCAAGCGGCUCAUCCCUCGAUGAAUCGAUUGGUACAAAAGAGACCCAAGAGUCUUCAAAAAUCUCCAGGAAAUCGUCGAGCUCUUCGGAAAGCUCGGGCAAUUGGAUGAGUAGCACCGGUAUUGUGAGUGUCGCGGAAAACGGUGAGCUGAUGGAACUCCAACAACCGCAACACGUCUCAGCAAUGGUCAGGGAAAUGAACGAUCGGGUGGACAGCUCGCAAACGUGUCCACUUCACAUUUUCAUUCAAAUGGAGCUUUGUGAGAGCACCCUUUCCGAGUUUCUUACAGAGCGAAAUCACGGGAUCAACGACACCGUACUCCCGCUCGAGCUGCGCAAGGAGACGUUCACAUUCGCGUUGAAUCUAAUGAGCGCCGUGGACUAUUUACACGAGAACGCCGUCAUUCACCGGGAUAUAAAGCCCUCGAACAUCUUCCUUGCCACGACGACGGCUGGACACAAAAAGCUGAAGUUGGGCGAUUUCGGGCUCGCUUGCUAUGAUACGCUGCUUGAGGAGUGCUUCUCGGGGCUACAGAUGAUGCGACCGGAAAAUCUGCACGAGCACUCGGUGGGCGUCGGCACAGCACUCUACGCGGCACCCGAGCAAAUGACAACGAGAGAGUACGGGGUGGCGGCGGACGUCUACAGCUGCGCGCUGGUGAUCAUCGAGAUGUUUGGCGUUUUUCACACCGACAUGCAACGGGUGACCAACUUGGAGAAAUCCCGGAGAGGACGCAUUCCCGACUACGUUUUCGCCGUCUCGCCGGAAUUGCACAAGCUUCUCGUGCCGAUGUUGUUGUCGAUGGCCGACGCGCGUCCCUAUGCAAACGAGAUUGUUCGCCGCAUCGCGCAACUCGAGAGUCAAGCUCCCCAUCUCGAGACCGACGCCGAGUGUAUUAAACGGUUGCAAGAAGAGAUCAUCGAACUCUGCUCGCGUCUCGACGAGAAAGAGCACCGAAUUGUCGAGCUGGAGAUGAAACUAAAGCUGAAAAACGGGCGAUUCCGAGAGGCGCCUUGG